AUGGCGAGGUCAGACUGGCACUUGGUUCUGUUGCAGCUGUGUCUGCUGGGAGCACCUGGCCGACCGGCGGUUGUCCAAGAGGUGAACCUCAAGCAGCGGAGUCGGGCGGGUUCCUCCCUGGAGGUUCAACCCCUGCACUACAACCUCAGUCUGCUGACCGAGGUGGAGGAGGCCGAUCUGGGGGGAACCAUUCGCGGCGUGGUCACCAUUCGGGUUAAGGUGUGGCGCGAGACCCGCACCAUUGUGCUCAGCUCAAAGGGCCUGAAGUUGGGCGCCAAAGUGUGGCUAAUCCGGGUGAACACCGGCGGAAGGGUGACGGUGCGCAAGAUCUGGCAUGUGGUGCGCCUCAACCGACUCCACAUCGUCUUCAACAGCCUCCUUUGGCUGGGCGAGGAGUACAAUCUGACCCUCGAGUUCAGUCGGAAGCUGACCAGAACCACUGGUUACUUCGUGGGCAGCUACCUAGAUGCCUCCCAGCGUCCGGAGUGGGUGUCGUUCACCCAGCUGUCGCCCAACCUGGCCAACACCGUCUUUCCCUGCUUCGAGGACCCCGGCCUCACCAGCCUCUUCGUCCUCAACUUGGCGCAUCCGCGGAGCAUGAAGGCCGUGAGCAUCAUGCGCGUGGAAAGGACUUCCGACCAUGAAAGGGAUGACUACAUGUGGACCAGCUUCUACCAGACCCCGCCGAUGUCCGUCCAGAAGCUGGCCUUCUCCAUCAAUCGCUUCACUGAGCGGAGCUCUCCGCGAAUACCAAACUGUCCGGAGCUGACGACCUGGAUGCGACCAGAGGUUGCGGAUCAGGGGCAGUACGCCAUCCGCAUCGCGCCCGGGAUAAUCGUCUACUUUAUAGGUCUGUUCGGCAAGCCCUAUCCCUCGGAUAAGAUCGACCAGCUGAUUCUACCGGACAGCGCUUACAAGAGCCACGAGCACGUGGGAUUGGUUAGCUACCCGGAGGCAACGUUCCUCUACAGCGAGAAGGACUCAACGGCGAAGGCCAAACAGGAUGUGGCCAGCCAUCUGGCCCACGAGUUCGCCCACCACUGGUUCUCGGACCUGGAGACCCCGGACCUCCGCUGGCUGCACUACGGCCUGUCCAACUACCUGGCCGGAUUCGCUGUGGACAAAGUGGAGCCCGAUUGGCGGCUCCAUGAGCUGUCCAUGCUGCAGCAGGCGUUCGCCGUCCUCGAACAGGACUCCAUGGCCAACGCCCAACCAGUGAGCUUCGCCAGCGGUUCACAGUCCUCCUCAAUUGGUGUUCAGGCCUACCACAAGUCCGCCCUACUCUUCCGGAUGCUUCACUCGCUCAUCGGCACUCAGGUGUUUGUGGCCUCGAUGCGUCUCUACUUCCGCCGCGUCCAGAAGGGAGCCUCGAACCAGUCGCUCCUGUGGAAGACGUUUCAGGAGGAGGCCGACCGCCAGAUGAGCCUGCGCCAGGACGUCCUAGUCAGCCAGCUGAUGGACUCGUGGACGAUGCAGCCGGGCUAUCCGCUGAUCCAGGUGGUGCGCAACUACGAGGAGCAACUGGUGACCGUCACCCAGGAGCGAUUUCUGCGCAAUCCGAGCCUCGCCAACGGAAGGCGAUCGCCGAACCUCCGGCACUGCUGGUAUGUACCGCUCACCUUUACCUCGGCGGGACGCGGCAGCUUCGUGUCCACGCUGCCCAGCGAGUGGCUCACCUGCCGCCCCAACCAGCCCCCCCGCCCACUGCUCCUCAAGGAGGUGGCCAAACCGGACGAGUGGGUGGUCUUCAACCUGCGCAGGACAACGCCCUGCCGCAUCAACUACGACGAGCGCAACUGGCAGCUGAUCAGCGAGGCACUCGCCGGCGAGAAUCCCAACAGCAUCGAUCGAUUCACGCGUGCCCAGCUGAUCGGUGACAUGCUCAGCCUGGCCAACGCCGGGGUCGUGACCUAUGACCUCGCCCUGGACUUCCUGCGUCACCUGCACCGCGAGGACGAGUACAUCGUGUGGAAGGCGGUGGCCCGGCAUCUCGAGUGGCUCUACCACACGCUGAACAACACACCUAUAUUCUCCGUUUAUAAGAGUUUCAUGAGAGGCAUCCUGCAGCCGAAGUUCAAGGAGCUGUUCAUGCCGAAGGACAACUCCGACGCAAAAGGAAACACAACGACUUUAAAGGGAAUUGUCCUUCAACUGGCCUGCCAAAUGGACCUCGGACUCUGUGCGAACCUGGCCCUCAAGGAGUUCGGAGGCAUAAACCUGGGCAGCAACCGCAUUCCGGUGGACCAGCGCGGGACCAUCUACUGCACCGCCAUUCGACUGGGAACCGAGGCCGAUUGGACCUUACUUCGGACACUGUACAAGCGAUCGAAUGUCAUCGAGGAGCGGAGAAUGAUCCUCAGUGCGCUGGCCUGCAGUCGGGAAUCCUGGGCACUGGACAAGUUGCUCGGCCUGGCUUUCCGCAGUCGCUUCAUGCCCAAGGCUGAUGUACUGCUGAUCUUUAAGGCAGUGUCCCAGAAUUCUCUGGGUCUUGUCCUGGCCAAAAGAUACCUGAUGGAUAACAUCAAGGCCAUUAUUAAAUUGUACGGCAACAGCACCAACGAGCUGGCCCAGUUCAUCAAUGUCCUCAUGGAGGAGAUCACCACGGAGGCAGAGCUCGAGGUUUUGCGAAAGUUCAUCAAAGAGGAGCUGAAGGAUCUGCCGGGCAUUGAGGUCACAUCUCGACGAAUGCUGGAUUUGGGCAACGAGAACGUGGCCUGGCACAAACAUCACUACCUCCGAGUGGUUUCUGCUGUCUGUAAUAUCACCGGGUCCAUGGAACCCCAGUGCCUCUACUAGAAGAGCCAUCUUAAUAUACUAAAUCGAAGUUGUAUUCUACCAAAAACCUCAAAUGAGCGUAUUUGAGGUGUAUUACAACAAGAAAGCUGACUUUGGGGAACCGAAACCCUUGCUGUUAGAAUUAAGUCUAUACAACAACUACUCUCAUCAAAAAUCUAUGGUUACAAAGUUUUUUUUAUUGUUAGUUCGAUCCUUUAAACACCACCAAUAAGGUGUACUGUAUUGUAAGUCCCAAGGCAUACAAAUUUUCCAAGCUACAGCAGCUAAAUGAUAAGUCAAAAUAAGAGUAAAUUAUCUAUUCUUUUAACUUUCCUUUUGUUCCUAUUAAAGUUAUAUGAUAUAGCCUUCCAAGUAUUAUUUUAACAAUCAACUCUGCAAUAUUCAAGGGGGCUCUAAUAAAAUUAAA